UCCGCGACGCUGAACUUUCUGUUUCCUGGAAGUGACGCGGAUGCGCAGAAAGUUUGACGUCAAACUCCGUUCCCGCUAAAGGGACAGGACCUUUCGACCGCCAUGGAUAUUGAUUUUUCCACGGGUUUCGAGGUUUCUAGAGCAGACGACGGUCUGGCGCAGACUCCACUAUCUGCAACAUGGCGGUUUAUCACGGUAACGUUAUCCAACAUCUUCUCGUCUCGCGUUUCUCUCUGUUCACCAGACCAGCUGUUGGUAUUUACGAUGAUGCAGUCGGGAUUCGGGAAAGCUAGAGGUGACGAUUAAUUCUCCAAGUCGGAAGAGCGAUCUUGGUGAACAUGACCGGCGACACAUGUGCCAUUGUCACGUGCUUCCUGUUCCUCGCGAGUAUCACGCUCGCCAAUGGGCAGCUAUUAUCAACGGAACAUCGGACUCAUGCAGCUGCGGAACGAGUGAACGAUCUAUGGUGUUAUCAGUGCGACACGAUGGAAGAUGGGGAGAGAUGUUCCAAUCUGACCGGAAAUUACACCGCUUUCGAGCACAAGUGCACUGGUGACAAAAGGACCUGCAUGGUGAAACGAUUUUCGUACACCACCAGCACCGAAGAUUCAACUUCAAGUCCUCAAACUUGGUCCAUGGAGAGGAACUGUACCAGCAAAUGCGAACCUGGUUGCAUAGUGAUCGGCGAACGGACAAAACUGUCCGCUUGCACUACUUGUUGCGAACAAUCGUUCUGUAACGUCGGUACUGGCGCGAGCAAUGAUUUAACAAUGAAAGGUAUAGAUCUAUUUCUAGCUCUUAUAUUGCAGAUCACUUUAACCAUCAUCAUGUAUCCCUCGUGAUAUUGUAAAUAAACUAUCUUCCUUGUAAAUAAUUCAGUUUCUCCUUCCAUUUCGAAAUUUCAUUCAUCGAAUUCCAACGCUUUUCCAUUCAUAUGUAAUUUAUCCUUUCUACUUGCAUCUCGUUGUAACGUAUAAAUUGUAACAUAUCUAUAAGAGAACGUUUCAUGUAUUAUCUAUGGAGACGUUAAUUUAAUUUUGUAAAAAAGUGAUAUUUGUUUUUUGAAAAUAAAAAUAUUACUCCAAUCAUGUGUCGUUCGAUUUAUCGCAGGAAUAUUAAUGUCAAACCGGGAAUGUGUACCACGUAUCCAGUUUAUAUAGGAUCAAGUGUAUUCGAUGUUACGUAGUUUCAACUGUUGAUUUACAGCUGUGCUCAAUUAACCCGCAUAUGUAGUUACACAAUAUUAAAUGGAAGCGUUUGCCUUACAGACAAGCAUUCUAUUUAACAACAUUGUGGAAAUACGUUCACUUUAAUUUCAUUUCAUCUAAUUUCUUUAUAUUAAUAAAUUGUACCCACAAAUAUUAA